CUGUUUAAUUUGCAAAGCGUGCGUCAACUUUCGGUAUAAAUUUUUAUAAAAUAUAGUUAAUCAAUAUAUAAAUAUAAUACCAGGGUAUCGCAACACAAAUAUCUACAACGAUAUUGAUGUUCACUAUGGCUGUUAAAGAAUUUGCGGUCGGAUAUAAGGAACUUAUACACAGUUGUGGUACAAAUGCCAUUGGAAUUCAAACUUCCGAAGGCGUUAUAUUAGCCAUCGAAAAAGGUCUAACCUAUGUUGUUGACAUACCAUCCAAAAGCAAGGAGGUUUGGAAAAUCGGAAAACCACAAAUGUGCGUUGCAAGUGGACCAUGUAACGAAAUUCCCGAAAUGGUGAAUUACGCUCGUUCCAAGUACGACCAGACUGAAUCCAAUCGUUUAUUUGCAAGAACCUUAUACGUUAACAGUUUAAUAAGUAGAAGUAAUGUUUGUCUGCUACUGGCUGGUUUAAGCUUGGGGAUUAAAUGCGAGUUGUGGUGUGUUAAUAUCCAGGGUAUGCGUAGAAUUUCUACAUACAUUGCAAUUGGACCAGGUCAAAGACAAAACAAUAUGUUCCUAUAUGCAAAAUAUAAACCCGGAUUGACAUUAGAUGAGGGGCUCAAUCUAGCCCUCCUGGCAUUGCAGCACACAAUGAAGAAAAAGUUCAAGUCCUAUAAUAUUGGUUUGGCCCAAAUUACAAAAAAUGAUUUGAUUUACAUUCAUAGUUAUGUGGAUAUUGAACACCUACUUGAAAGACUGAAAAUUAAUGUUAAAAAUUCUUAA